AGAUUCAUUCAGAGGCCUGAUCAUCCCCCCACAAUUAACAGGCAAACAACCAGUUCUUAUCAGCCAGAACCAAAUGAGGGGAGGUAAAAGAGACGUGAGGAGUGUUUGCUAUUAACUACAAAGUAAUCAGUAAUCAUGGCUUUCCUCAAGCUUGGAAGACUUUCUUUGCUCCUGCUAAUGUUUAUGACUGUGGCAACACAAACUGUAAUUGGAUUCAUGAGAAAGAAGCGUGAAUGGCUCCUCCCACCAACAAAACUCCAAGAGAAUGUUGACUACACAAAACAAGAAUUCAUUCUGAAGAUCAGGUCUGAUAAGGAUACUGGAAGCAAACCAUUUGAGUACAGCCUGCGAGGACCUGGUGCUGACAAGGAGCCAUUUAACCUGUUUAUUGUCAACCCCCAAAAUGGCUUUGUCAGAAUCACAGGUAUUCUGGACAGAGAGAAAGUAUCAAAAUACAAUCUGACUGGGAUUGCUAAAUACAAAGGUGGCAGUCUGGCUGAGGAAGGAGUCGAGCUGAAAAUAGAGGUUGAAGAUGAGAAUGACAGUACCCCUGUGUUCAAGUUAUUCACUGGAACUGUAAGAGAAUGCAGCCCAAUAGGAACCCCUGUCAUGCAGGUAACUGCUGAGGAUGCAGAUCAACAGGGGACACCAAAUUCAAAGAUUGCAUACAGUAUAUUGAAGCAAAUUCCAGAACAAUCUGGCAACAUGUUCACCAUUGACAGAGAAACUGGGAAGAUCUCUGUUAAAGAACAUACCCUGGAUAGGGAGGUGUGUGAUUCGUACACAUUAAUAGUGCAAGGUGUAGAUAUGGACGGAGCACCAAGUGGUAACACAGGAACUGGUACAGUGAAGAUUAAAGUUUUAGAUAUCAACGACAAUGCUCCUACUAUUGAAAAAGAUGAGUAUACUGGUACUAUUGAUGAAGGUGCAGUUGAUGUAGUUGUGAUGAGAAUCAAAGCUCUGGAUAAAGAUUUGGAAAAUACAGAUAACUGGCGGGCCGUCUUUGACAUUGUCAAGGGUAAUGAAGAUGAACUCUUCACUAUAGAAACGGACCCCAAAACAAAUGAGGGCAUUUUAAAGCUCGUCAAGCCUGUGGAUUAUGAAAAGGUCAAAAUGGUGGAUCUUAACUUGGCUGUUUCAAAUGAAGCUGCUUUUAUAAAUGGAACUGCACAGUCUUUGGGUCUCAAUCUGGACAGGCCUGAAGCACCUGGAAUCACUACUGGGGCAGGGGUAGGUGUAGAUGCAGGUGCUGGUGUAGGAGUUAAACCUGGUGUCAAACCUGAUGGCAAGCCUAGCUCCAAACCUGGAAUUAAAUCUGGUUCAAAACCAGACAAAAAGCCGCAAGCAGGAGGAAAGAAGUAUCCAAUAAAAAUCAGCGUAAACAACUUGCCUGAAGGCCCACGCUUUUCACCAUCAGUGAAAGAGUUGCCUGUUUCAGAGGACCUAGAGGGAAUACAUGUUCCAGUGGUCAUUGGUUCUUUUCCUGCCUUGGAUCUCGAUACUGGAGAAAUUGCUGAACAUGUCAGGUAUGCAAAAGGAUAUGAUCCAGACAACUGGCUGUCCAUUGAUGAGAAGACAUCAGAAAUUAAACUGACAAAGAUACCAGAUCGAGAGUCAAAGUCCCUGGUUAAUGGAUCAUACAUUGCAAAAAUUCUCUGCAUGACAAAAGACAUGCCACCCAAGACAGCUACUGGAACAAUAGUUCUAAAGGUUCAGGAUUCAAAUGACAAUUGUCCUACACUGACCAGCACCUACCAGAUUAUCUGUUCUGAUAGUAAAGUGGUAACUGUGACUGCAUUCGAUGAGGAUGACUAUCCCAACGGAGAGCCUUAUAAAUUUGUUCUGAUAGAGGAAGAGACUCAUGGAAAAUGGGAGAUGGUUCCUGUAAAUGAAACAACAGUGAGCUUCCUUUCUAAGGAGCAUCUAUGGAUAGGAUUUUAUGAGCUCAGUUUGGAGAUUUUCGACAGACAGGAUAAGGGAUGUAAAGACAAACAAAAACUUCAAUUAGAGGUAUGCAUCUGUGAAAAGGGUGGCACGUGUGGUCCCAAACUAGUUCGUCAACGUGGUUUGUCAGUUAAAGUGGGGUUUCCUGCCAUUGGAGUACUUAUCGGAGCACUAAUUCUGCUCAUGUUGAUUCCCCUGUUGUUGUUGUUAUUCUGCCAGUGUGGGACAUUUAGGGAAUUCUCAGAGCUACCUUUCGAUACAAAAGAAUAUCUUAUGGCAUACCACACUGAAGGCAAUGGAGAAGACCAGUUGCUGGAUCUGUUGUCUGCUUAUUUUGUGGCAGACCAACAAACUGUGGCUGCAUUUGGUAGCAGUUUCAACCAGGCUUCCAUGGUGCAAAGUGCACAGUGCUUAGAUGCCAGCAUGCUCAAUAAAGAGCCAAAUGGAGAUGUUAUGGAGGAUGACGACAUCUCUGGAUAUCAACUCAACACAAUACAAGCUCAACAAUUCAUAGUAUCUCCCCAAAGAAACACUCCUCACUCUGCAUCUUUUCGACAUAAGGUGCAUAAUACUUAUGCAGAAAUGGCACCAUUAGAUGGCUAUCUCCAUGGAUAUUUUUCUCAGAAAACAGGGUUUCUGGCUGACAACCCUGUUCUCAAUGACAGUCCAUUGAUGUAUAACGAUGAAGGUCAAAACUCUCCUGUUGGCUCCAUAGGCUGCUGCAGUAUCCUUCAGGAUGAAAAUGGCCUGGGUUUCCUCGACGACCUGGAUCCCAAAUUUGUGAAUUUAGCAACAAUUUGCAGUCCUCCACCACCCAAAUUAGAAAACGUUGAACAAAUUUUGAAGUCAGUGGAUACCAGCCUCAAAAGCGAGAGUUCUGUAGCCACUAGUGCAGUUCAAGUUGUGCAAUCUGAUCAGCCUCCACCACAGCAAAGCACGAUCACCAAUGUUAUAGAGACUAUCAACAAAUCAGACAGCAUAAAUUCUAAUUUGACACUGCUCAUACAACAGCAGCCUUUGUACUACCUGGUGAAACAUCAGGCACCAAGUGCUAUAAUUUUUGCUGAAGAACCUAUACAGGAAAUGUACUUGAUAAAUGGACCUGCAAGAACUCAGGGACUAGUUCUCCAGGGUGGUAACAUACUACAGAAUGCUGUAGAACAACAAGAAAUGUAUCUGAUUGAUGGGAUGCCUAUGUUACAAGGCAAUAUAAUGUUAGGCAACUGUCUAAAUCUUGCCAGUGCAGGUAGCUUAGCUCUCUCUACUGUGCUGGUUCAGGGACAGGAAGGCAGGAAACAACUCCAGGUUUCUCUACCUCAGGACACACAACCAGGGAACUCAGAGGACGAAAACAGAGUCUAGGAAUGUGAAAAAUACUAAGCCUGCAAAAUUUCAGGUCAAAUCAAGGAAAUGAACAUACGUACACUGACUUGCCAGUUUAUUAGAUAUACCCUCUAUCUUCCCACCAACUGCACAUAUUCCCUUGAUGCAGGCAGGCAGGCAGGCCAGUCAUUUUAAGCAUCAUAAUUUAGAAUUUGAUAAAGCCAUACAUGUCAACCUGUACGGAAUGUCCGUAUUUUAUACGGAUUUGAUUCAAUAAACGUAGUAUACGGACGUAUAAAUAAAGUUAUACGGAUUCUUUAAAAAACUUCAAUAUUUAUUUAGAGCUAUAAUCAAUUCCCACGAUGAUAAAAGAGCGCAUAACAUUUACAAACGUACUGUACACCACAGACAGCCAGUAAAGAGUCUUAUGAAAUCGUGCGUUAUCUUGUGGUAGCGAGACUUCGUUCCACUUUUGAUCAUGCGCACACCGCAUUGCGAGAAUCAUACGUCAUCCUCGCCGCCAUAUUGGAUGUGGCAAAGUGGAGAUUCUUCAACCGUCUCUAGUAUAGCGUCGAGACAGUAGCCGAGAAUAAAGAUGCCUCAUUCAUGUGCUGCGUUUAACUGUACCAACAGGUUUACUGUCCAAACGAGAUCACAUGGGAUUACCUUUCACAGGUGAGACUGGAAAAAUACUUUUCAUUGUAUUUGGUCAUUAUAACAAUUUUACAAACAGAUUUUUCUGACUUUGUGGCUAAUAUGAAGUCUUGUGCAUAAUAGCCGCUCAGUGAAACCUGUCUCCAAACAACGAAGUAUUUCCUUCGUAACUACGCUGAUAACACUUUGUGUUUUUGUCAAACAUUGGAGCUUUGUAUUCAUUCUGAAGGUUUAUUGUUAUUAAUAUUGAAUAAAAAGUAACUGGGAUAUAUCAUUGUUAAUUAUCAUUCAAAUUUUAGGUAAAUUAUUUUAAUUUGCAUCUUAUACGGAUUUUAUAAGGGAAAUACGGAUUUUGGAGGUUGGUUAUACAGGUUUGAUUGACCAAAGGUUGACAUGUAUGUAAAGCAUUGAAAAGGUCAUGAUAAAUAACCUUAGCUGUCAUCCUGGAAUUUUCAUGCACAACCAUUUCAAACAUUUUCAAUAAACAACCAGUUGCAUAACAGUUGGUAGUUCAGAUGGGUGGCCAGAAAUGUGAAAAUCAGCUAAGCCAUAACCAGCCAAAACACACCCAAUUUGAACAAUAGUACAGUAGGUGAAAUGUCUUCUGAGAAUGCACCAUUUGUUCGACUUUGUCUCAACCAUACUGCAAAGACCACAGUGGGUGCUGAUGUCAGCAAAGAAUUAAAGUUCUGGAUGAAAACUAGUUCAUUCCUUUUGUUAUUAUGGUGAUGGAAUGAUCAAUAUUUGGGUCCAGCCUGUGUGGUAGUGUAGAAUAUAUGAAUGGUACUGCAUAUGGUGGUGAGCAUCUCUUUAUGGCAGUGGCGGCUGGUAGUCUUUCAAACAGGGGAGGCUGGUCGGUUACGAUAUUUCCAGAUUUUAAAAGAAAAAACAUCAAUUUUGCCCAUACUCUUGCCUCUGAUCUGGCUGAUUGUUGGCAGCAUCACAAACUGUGAAAUAACAGGUUCUUUUGGCCCAUUAGCCUACUGUCCAAUAUACAUGAUGGUGGUGUUGGGGGGGGGGUAUAUUUUAACAUUUUAUAUUUUAAAAUUGUGGCAUGUUUAAAAAUUGAUCAUUAUUGAAAGCAGCUCUUUGUCAGGAACCUCAGCAGUAGAGCUGGGUGCCACACAUUUCAUUCAAUGACACUUUCCCUAUAUUUUACUUAUUUUGACUGAGAAAUGUUUUAUUGACAAUUUUGAUAACCCUUCACUUUUAAUCCAGGUCUGUAGUGUGAAAUGUUCUCGGCUGUGUUUUUGUUUAAAAAUGUUUUCCAAAUUGUAGCUGUGUUUAAUUCAUAUCCAGAAAAAUAUAUAUUCCAAUAUACUCAGCAUAAACAUUUUAAAUAGAUUCUUUAUUUUUGGUCCGUCCAUGACAUAUUACUAAAGUAGCCUAUUUACUGUUGUUGAUGUGGGUCACUUGCUGUUAGCCAAUUCACUUUCUCGUACCAGGAGAGCUGAAAGGAAUGAGUAUUAUUCCCUACCUUUUUCACCAAGUCAGUUUGAGGCGUUGGUCUACCCUCCUCUUUAAUUUUUUCCUCGAAAGGAAGACUGGCAAAUGGCUUCGCCAAAAUUAAAUCAGCAAUGCUUGGCAUCCGUGCGCAGCUUUCUUGCUAGCUGACUAGCCCCCUCAAGUUCAAGUUCAGUCACUCAAAUAAACGACAUUUCUGGAACUAAGAUAGCAAACUUGACAACACUAUAUUUACACUUUAUUUACAAUGAAAAUAUAUACAAACUAAAAAAGCUGGUAGAAACCGUAUGUAAUGAAUGAAAUCGAAAUGUAAGCUGAUCUCUUACAAUACACCACAGCACUUGCGAAUCCGCAUGGGACUGAACUGAAAUUCACCGCUGCCUGUCUAUAGUUGAAACGAGCUGUCAAUCAAAGAAAAUAUCCGGCCGCUUUCACCAAUCACCAGUCUCCUCGCGGAAACUGCCAUGUCCCUCCCAUGUGAGGCUCGGAGUCCGUAGGCGGGCAUUUUCGCAGUAUUUGUCCAAUAAUUGUCUUGCAUUUUGAGAUUGAAAAGCGCAGAGCUCCCAAAUGCCAUUGAAGCCCACUGAGGCUGCGCUGCAUCGUGCUGUCACGAGGGGGAGAAACUCACGCACACGUUAAAGUUAUAAGGGCAUUUUUAGAGGAGGCUGAGCCUCCCUCGUUGUCUUAGAGCAAUCGCCCGUGCUUUAUGGUUACAUUUUAUCAACACCAUGAUGAAUACUUCCUUGACACUUACAGUACAGCACAUGUACAGUCAAACAUAUUCCGUGAACAAGACGUUUAAUUUUUAGUGCUGCAGUGAUCUGCACAAAUGCUCAAACCUCCUCAGCUUCAUUGCACAUCUCUGUGAUGAGGUAGAAAGUAUUGUUUGCAUGUUUCAAUUAAACCGAAUUCAACUUUGUCAUUAUGCCAAUACAAGGGUUGUAUAGUAUAACGAAGCACAAUCAGGCUACUUUUCUGGUGCAAAACAGGCAGACAAAAGGCAGACAACAGGUGCAUAGAAAGUGAAUACCGACCUGUAGGUCAAAGGGAAGAGGUAGAUUUUUAGUGUGAACUUCAUUAUAUUUUAACCAAUAAAUGUUAUUUUGCAAUUUAUACAGCAUAGAUGAUUUGUAGUAUAUACUGUAUAUGGGCAGUGAACAGUAUGUAAGAGGUACAUUAGGUAUAAGUUAUUGUUAGGGUUCACCCAGUCAGAAACGGUCAACUUACUUCUCGGGACCACUGCCCUCGUGCCACCCAGACGUCUGGGGGUUAGUCGCAAAAAAAAGACAGGAACCCCAUGUAGUUCACAUCUUUAUUCGCAAGUUCCCCCAAUUAGACAAGAAUACAGAGGGUUAUUAUAUAUGAGUGUUAUCUGUGUGUAAAUGACAUCACUGUUUGAUAUCUGUGUGUGUAUGCGCAUGAAUGUGUGAGAUGUAUGAGCAGGUCACAUCUUAAUUACAUCACUGUUCUGAUGGAAUGUUCAGAUGUACGUGUGUGUGUAAAUCAUAAUGACAUAUUUCUGAUGAUAUGACAUGAUAGCAAGGUACAGACAGAUUUUAAAGGUCAUUGCUUACGUACACCCCUUCAGGUCAGAUAUAACAUAGGGCAAUAUGUACUUAAGAUGGUGAUGGAAUUUUUAAACACAUAUGUUAUAAGAAAGUAAACAAAAAAUAAGAAUGUCUAGUCUACGAAGUCAGAAAUUAAUGCCAAGUUAAACAGAAAUAGUUUAAAGGAUCUAAAAGCUAAAGGAUGAAAAGAUCAUAAAUUCUUAACACGUGUGUCUUGUGCUAAGUCAGCAAAUUACAUCUUGAUUUCAUCAAUAUGUAGUAAGACAAUCAUAAGCAAAACAUCUCAUAUCAAGAAUAUGUUCUUAACAACUCAGCAUUUACCAUUUUAAACAAAGACAUGUUUAUGUCUAGUCUAGCAAAGUAGGUCAGCACUUCUCUGUGACUGGAGGAAGGUCACAAGCCUAGGAUUCAGGAUUAAACUCAGUCUUAACAUUAGAAUCAUAAAGUCUUAACAAUCCUAAAUUACACUCUGCAAUUAAUAAAGUAUCUUAAAGCUCUAAAAUAUUAAAUCAUAAAGCCUUAACAAUCCUAAAUCACAUGUAGCUAUAAAACUAACUUAAAUCAUGGCUUUAAAUUUAACUUUUAAUCCUAACUACACGUUGCGCUAUGCAGCUGCGGGGGUGUGUGGGUGGAUGUGACAUCAUUGCAGACCUUGGCGCCGUUCAGACACAUCUCUGAUCAAAUCAAAAUAAGCAAAAUGUUCCCAAACAAUGUCCAGCCGAGACAUAAGGUCAUUUUAACUGAACAGAAAUUAAUCCUUAAUUUUGUCACAAAUAAAUUACUGCCUUCUUGGUCAAGAAUUACAAUUAUUUAUAAACCUACAUAAUAAUAAAACCUAACAGUUAUAAAUGUAUAGUAAACAGUAUUACGACUUGUUAAGUGUACAAUGAAGUAAAUGAGCAUUAGCAGCCUUGAUGUUCAAGGCUGAGAGUUCUGAAAUUCAAUGUGCAAUAUGCAUUUCUGCACAAUGCAUUCAGCAUUUUAUGGAAUAAACAAAAUAAUACUGAUUUAAAGACUGCAUGAGGCACAACACACUGUUAGAUAGAUAUCUCUCAAACUGGUAACUUGGUGUAUAUGGCAUAACAGAGAGCAGAUUUAUAAUUAUUCUGAUGCAAGACAAUUGUAAUUCUAUAGAAACCACAAACCAAACUACUUGCUUUUGCUGAAGACCAUGCUAAUUUAUAAGAGCACUUAUGCGGCACAGCGAUACAGUGGGUAGCAUUGGUGCUUUAGAGCUCCAAGGUCCCUGGUUGCAAAUUAUAUUAUAGGCAAAACCUGCAAGAAAGGUAGAAUCUGAACAAUUUACAUGAAUUUCAAAGUUUUAGUAUUUGGCGUGUCUCCUUUUUUUGCUUUAAUGACAGAGUACUUGAGCUGGCAUGGACUCCACAAGUUCAUGCAGAACUUUAUGAUCCAUUUUUGAUCAAAUCCACUACUGUGUCAUUGUAAUACAUGCUUCAAUACAGGAUAUUAAGAACAUUUUACCUUUUGUACAAAGCAGAUAGAUAACGUGGUCAAUAUCACAAAGUUUCUUACAAUUUCUUAGAAAUGGAGAACUAGAAAUAGUGCAGAAUGUUGAAUAUUAAAUAUUGAAGCUAUUGAACAUUUAAUUUCUUUGUUUAAAAUAUUUUAAAAUUCCUAAACCUGUUUAUUUCCCCAUUUUAAAAUAAUAAUUGCAGAUUUUCAAUGUGGUCUCACAAUUUUGGAUACCACUGUGUAUAUAAUGUUGCUUUUUCAUUUCUUUGUUUAAUCAGAGCCAGUGUACACGCACCAGCCAUUUUAAUAGGAACUUGUUCUUGAUUCAAAAAUUCCUGUUCUUGGCUGGCAGGAGUGGAACUCAAUGUGGUCCUCUCCUGGUGCAGAAGAUGCUUUUCUGCUCACCACAGUUGUAAAGAGUGAUUAUAUGAGUUACUUUAUCCUUCCUGGCAGCUCAAACCAAUCUGGCCAUUUUCCUCUGACCUCUCUCAUCAACAAGGUGUCUCCACCCACAAAACUGUUGCUCACUGAGUGUUUUUUGCACCAUUCUGUGUAAACUCCAGAGACUGUGGUGUGUGAAAACCCCAGGAGAUCAGCAGUUUCUGAAAUAUUCAAAUCAGUCCAUUCAGCACCAACACCCAUGCCAAAGUGAAAGUCAGAGAUCACAAUUUUUCCCAUUCUGAAUCAGAAUGGGUCUGAUGUCUGAUGUGAACAUUAACUAAAGAUCUUGAUUUGUACAGUGGUGCUUGAAAGUUUGUGAACCCUUUAGAAUUUUCUAUAUUUAUUUCUGCAUAAA